UCUUCUGCCAUAGAGAGAAGCAGCGUUUGAGAUAGAAAGGUGUAUUUGGAUCACAACUCCUAUCAUCCUCUGGUCCGCAUACAAGGAGAUGUAGAAAGUUGCCGUUUGUAAUCGGAAGGCGUAGGAAAAGCUGUCUAAAUCGGACUUCUCCCGCUCAAACUCUUCCGUAUAGCUUCCGGCAGGUUUUGGUAAAUUAAAGCACCAGCAUGGUUGAAAACUCACCAGCCCCAUUGCCUGAAAGAGCUAUAUAUGGUUUUGUUCUUUACUUGGGCUCUCAAUUUGCCUUUAUUCUGUAUAUUGUGUGGGCCUACAUACCUGAAUCCUGGCUGUUCUCGUUGGGCUUAACAUACUGGCCUCAAAAAUUCUGGGCUGUUGCGUUGCCUGUAUAUCUUUUAGUUGCUGUGGGAAUAGGCUACAUACUCCUCUUUGGUAUUAACAUGAUCAGCACAGCUCCACUUAAUUCUACACAUACGGUAACAGAUCACUAUGCAAAAAAUCAAAAACAGAAAAUGCCACAAGAAGAAGCAAUUCCUGCAUUAAGGGAUAUUCCUAUUCACGAAGUAAACAAAAUGUUUUUUCUAAGUAGCAAAGAAGAUUAAUGUAGAGGUUCAUGACAGAAACUAUUUAAAAUCUGCUCAUCUGCAAUGUGAUAUAGAAAUAUUGACAAUAAGGUGCCAAAGCACUUGACUUCAGAGUUUACAUAAAUCAGCCUAAAAUAAGGCUGCAAUAGUUAAACUGCAUUUUAAGGAUUAGGUAGACUCUCUUGGGGCAUCCUGUUUCCACAACUUUGAUUCAUUCACCCUUAGUCCGUGCUGUUUCAUUCUUGUAUGCUGCAAAUACAGUUUUUCAUUUCUUCUCUUGAAAUAUCCUGAUAUGUAUCUGGAGGUUGAGUCAUGGCAACUGGACUUCUUUUCUUUUGGUUUACUUGACUUAGUGAAUUUAGUCACUUCUCAAUAGUAUCCUGUUUCCUAUACCAGCUAAAGAGUAUAUUAUUUAAGGAUACAUUCCAAGAGCUUAUACAUAAAGCUACCAAAUUUGGCAUCUAUGUUUCUUUUAACAUGGUGCACUAUCUAAAAUUAAGAUCAUGUUUAUUAUAAAGCAGCUUAGAUAAGUGUGUAAUAGAAGAGUUAUGCUGGAUGAGACCCAGAAUAAUUACCCUUAGUCACUUAGAUGUGAUUUUCUUCCAUAUGUGUAGAAAAUAUAGCAGCUAAAGCAAACAAAGUUCAGACUUUUAAGGUGAUAUAUACACAGUGUGUUCCAAUAUGAAAGUAACAAUGUAAAUAAUUCCAGUUGAAAUGCAGACCUCAGUCUUGAAUGUAAUUGCUUCAUAACAAAUCAUAGUAUUUAUAUACAUGCUGGUUAACAAUUAAAGUAAUUUUCCUAACUUGUGUCAAUACAUUUGUUUUCUAGUUUUAUUCUUCAGUCAUGGUUAAAAUAGAUUUUGGAGAUGUCACAAGAAAUUGUAGCAUAUUGCAGUAAAUUGGUAUAU